AAGAACACAGAGAGGAGAGAGUUGAAGAGAACCAAGCGUGGGGAAGCAGUGGGGAGGAGAGGAGGGGAGGAGAGGCCCAAUAAUGUAGGUCUCCCCACAUCAACGAACUCGCCUCCUCAUUACACGUGGUUAGCGGCGCAGGGGAGGGCGGGCGCUGCUGCUGCUGCCGCCAAAAGGACGUCUGCAGCACCCGAGGCCAUGUCGCGACUUGACCACAGCCUCGGCGACGCGUCCAACGCAAUAUGUCAUCCACUGAAACGCGACCGACGAGACUAAGCCAUUCAGUAACCUUCCGGGCAAGUGCUUCUGUUUACUUGGGUGUCAGACGGACGUUAGCCAAAGCGAGGAGGCCGAGGACACAAGAAGGGUUAAGCUAAGCCCUCGGGAACGCCUGUGUCGCUGCGUGGUGUCCCAAGUGUGUGAAGGGUGAGCCAAGGAUCCGUCGGGCAGGGCAGCGGCGGCGUAGGAGGUCGAGGCGCCGGACGACAGCUUGUUAAAAUGUUUAUGGUCGCCGUCGCCACCAUCUUCCGCCUGACUAACUCUCAGGUGGCAGCCGGCGCGUCCUCAGAGCUCAGCUCCGUGUGUCGCGCGGAGGGGAGGUUCCCAGACCCCGGGGCGUGUGAGGGCUACUUGGAGUGCGUGGCGGAGCACGAGGGCAGCCCACACCUCGCCGCCCACUAUUACAGGUGUCCAAGCGGCUUCUUCCAUCCCGGACUGGCCAGGUGUGUGGCCCAGGCCCAGGGGGAAGCUUGCCCGCCUGAGGGGGUCGAGGCGCCACGGCUGGCCAGACGGACGGGGCAGCUCGGCGCUCCCGUCCGGUCACCGCGCCACGACCUGCUGUGUGCCGGCCAACAAGGGUUCGCCUGCGCCUCGUGCACGCAGGAGGUGGUGUGUGCGGGGCGUGAGGCGUACCUCUCCCCCUGUGCCGCCGACACCCGCUGCGUGGCGGACGUCAGGUUCAGCGGCGGCGUGUGCUACCCUCGCUGGCCGCGGGACAACUGCUCCUGCACCGCCGCCGGCCAGGUCAUGCCGGACGUUUAUGACCACACAAUGUUCCUGCAGUGCACGGCGCCAUUUAAACCUCCGAAUGUGUUCUACUGUGACGCCUUGCACGUCUUUGAUCCAGAAACUUUAACGUGCAUGGCGGCCCCCGCCCUGCCGUCCUGCUCCGCCACGGGCGUGUUCCCGGUGGAGCAGGCCUGCCGCUGGUACUACAGCUGCAUGCCUGGCGGCGCCGGGCAGUGGUAUCAGGGGUACCACUUGUGUCCCUCGGAGAAGGUGUACAGCCAGGCCUUGGGUGUGUGCGUGGAGCCUCGGAGCCUGGCUGCGGGGACGCCGUGCAGCACCCAGCGCAAGAUGACCAACUUCUCCUGCAACUUUUGGCAGCUUCUUCUCGUGUUCUUCUUCCCCAAACACAUCGCCUCCAUCUGCUACCCCGUCUGAGCGUUCCCUCCCGGCGGGGCCCUCCAUGACGCGGCAUCUGCCCCUGGCCGGAGCACCCCGGCACACUCAGGCGGGGAGGAGGGGCGCCCUGAGAGGAACAGGAAGAGCCGCCCCUCGAGCGCCUGUGACAGUCCUCGCGCUGCUUUGUGUGACCCGGCGGCGACAGGCAGGGCGGCGCCGCGAGACUGCCGGUGCUCAGACAUAGCACUGCUGUCUGUCUGUCUGUCUGUCUGUCUCUGUCUUCCACUUAUCUAUCUAUCUAUCUAUCUAUCUACAAACACACACACACACACACACACACACACACACACA